GUUUUAUUUUAUUUCGUUUUUUCAAGUGCGGGACUUUUCUAAGAGGGGGUAAGAAGUAGAAGAGUGUGAAAAAUCAAGCUUAAUUUGCAUUUCCUGCCCCAGGUAAAAGUCCUUUUGGUAAACAUCUCUUUUUAAUUGUGUAAUUUUGACACUUGUCAUUUGACAGAUCUUUCUCCAACUAUCCCAUUUGGCUAGUUAAAAAAAAAAAAUGUACUUGAUACCUUUGUCAAAAACCUUUGCUGCAUGGUCAUGAUUGCAAAGAUGGGGGUAAUUUGCUUACCAUUUUCAGUGUAGCCAAAAGGUGCAGAUUUGCUUAGUUUAGUCUUCAUUUGGUUUUUCUGUGACCUUAACACUUGUGAGCUACAUCUACAAACCCCAAAAGCAACGAGGCACACCAUGGCACGAAAAACCGUAGGAGUGUGUGUAACGGGGGCGGAGAAUAAGGGCAACGAAAACCCGCUUGUCGUGGUGCUUUUCCUCUACCUUACAACGGUCCUUCAUUUUGCAUCACAGUACCUCUAAAAAUGAUGGGACCAUGGUUUUUUAUGGAGUACGUAAACCCGUUCUCAUAUCAGUUAAAACUGUGCUCUUAGAUGAAUUCUUACCACAUGGCUACACCUGGCAGGUAAAUUAUUUCCCAAGAUGCAUUCCUUCCUUUUCCCAAGAUGCUCCGAACAAGGCUGCGUUGGAGUCUGUCCAAGAGUGUUUCCGACAGGCUCCGUUUGUUUGGAGAACAACUCCAGGCAUGUCCUUUCCAGAAGAAAUUGUAGUUCAGAGUGAAGUUAUUUAUGUUCUACCAUUUGGCCUGAUCAGGGCUCAGCCAGUGGGGGGUGGGUUAGUGACGUUUUGGACGGCCACAUUCUAGCCUUGUCAGCCUAGCGAUCUGGGUAAGGCUGUGGAAAAUUUCCUAUUCAGUAUUUUAUUUUAUUCUUAUUUUUUAAAGAUCGACAUGGAAAUAAAAAGGAGAAGAAAAAAAAAGAGCGUUUGUUCUCUGUAGAGAUUUAUUUUCUGGCAUGUAGCUGGGUGUCCUGGAAACUCAGUAACCCACAUUCAUCUCGGUUUAUUUAUUUAUUUAUUUAUUUAUUUUUUUUUUUACCAGUUCUGAAAUGAGAGCACAUUUCAAUGUGUAGCUUGCUUUUGUUUGACUGUAGAAGACCACUGUAGAAUCCGGUGAAAUUUGUUGCGCAAUAUUCAUUCUUCUGAAAUGAAAUUAUUGUGGGCAAACGAGCUUUUCCAGGACGCCUCUAGCAGGGGCUGUGGAUGUAUUUGGAGCCUCUGUUCGGGCUGUGAAUGUUGCCCCCUUUGCUUGGGUAAAUUCUUUAAAAGCACUGAUUGAAUUAGACCUUAAGGAAGCCUGAAAUCUGUAUUUCCCUUUACAACUGUUUGAGGAUUUUGUCUUUUGUGGCCGGUUCCUUCCAAAGCCCACAACAUGGCUCCUCCUGUGUCUUCUUGUGUUGAUAUUCUUGGCUGAUCCAGGUUUGUUGUGCAAUGAUUUCCCUGAACAGGGCCAGAAAUACCUGGCACUGAGGCAGAAUUGAUGUCUGUAGUUACAUAACAACCAUUGGAGCCAGGUAUCGGUGACCUCUUAGUAUAUGCCUCAUGAUACCGUAACUCAAUCUGAUCAACCGAAGGCACGCACAACACCUUUGUUCGCUUUAGAAGGCAUUUUUAUGUAAAUGGUGCUGUAUGUCACUUGACAGUUAUAACACCAUGCAUUGCAUGUAUGGUUUUUUAUAUAAUGCACGCCGUGUCACUUAUUCAGCUGACGUGACCGUGGUGACUGAGCACCGCAGUGUUAAGCAGCUCGAUUUAAAAAAAAAAAAAAAAAACAUUCAUUUAGUGGAGCGCUUCAUGAAGGCCUUAUGAAGUUAACCCAGCUGAACAGACCAGUGUUUUUGUAUAUCAUGUUAAAUGCCCUCCCAUUUUCUAAUAUGUAAAUUUGGGGCUGCCUAACAUUUCAGUCUGUAAAGCUGCUCACCAUGAGCACAAGCCAAGCUGAAGUGACACCCCAUAUAUACAUUGUGUAGGCUUCCCAUUGAAAUGACCACAGACUCACUCCUUACAGGCAUUAACUCUGGUACCAUCUGACCUCACGAACACUUAUUUCACAUACAGAUUUACAUAGUCACAAUGAAGCAUCAGACUGUUUCUACCCUUCGUGUUGUCAUCCUCUGCUUCUCAACUGUCCCACAGAUCACACAGAAAUGCUCCAGGCCUGCAAAGCUGUAAAGUUUUAAAAACUUUUUCCCCCUUCCAGCUGAAUGAAAUAUAGUGACAAAAUAUUUGAAUUCAAGAAAAAGGCACACUGUCUGGUGUGUUUACAGUGAUUCAACAUGCACAAAUUUAAGGAAGAAAACGAUCACAAAACAGCCAAAAGACUUGAAAGUUUGAAGUUGGUGUCAAUGUAACAAGUGGAUCAAUGCUCCCUGCAUAUCUGGACUACUGUGAUGUACAGUAAGUUAAAACCAUACCCUGUGAUUUAAAGCACAUUUAAGAAAUUACUUUUUUCAACAUUUUUUUUUUUUUUUUUUACAUUUUAGGCAUUUAGAACACUCAUAUCCAUAGCAACUUAAUAGCUUACAUUCUUACACAUUCAAUUCAGCUUGUAUAUAAGCCAACCCCCCCUUACCAUUAUGCUGCACUGCCAACUCUUUGUUUCUUCUAGGCUGUCUUCGUCUGAACAGGUAAGAUGAAAAUGAAUUAUAUAUGUGGUACUGAAUUUAAAUUAAAGAUGCAACUUCAAAUUCACAGCGGACGCUUGCUUGACUAGCACACUGUAGGCCAAACUGCCACACACUAAUGAUAAAGGAGGAGAGAUACGCAGUUACACAGACCUUCCAGAAGAGAGAGCUGCAGAAUGUGAAAUAUCAGACUUUAUUAGGGGUAGGCCAUGCAGAGACGGCACAAUCUGUAUCUGUUCAACGGACAAUAUCGUCUGUAUGUGCGUCUCUUUGGAUAGGUUACACAACUAUUACAAGAAAACGUCUAUUGUAAUAGAAGACAACUGAAUUUAAACUGCAGUAAAUAAGAAAUUCAUUCCCAAUUACCAAUGCAAAUACGGUCAUCUUCUGACACAGGUUGAAUAGCCACCUAAAGUAUUUAAGAAUUAAUCUGGUAAUUCAUGUUGCCUCUCUCUUCUUUAGUAUAGUUAUACUUCGCGUUAAGAUUUUUUCUUCCCAUGUGGAUUCUAGAUGACCGGAUUUGGAUGAUUGUCCACCAAACCACCAUAUUCUUGAAGCCCAAAUAUAUAUAUUUUUACACGCAUUAUUACUUUGACCUUUUGAAUAUAAUGGAUGUAAUCCUAUUCGUUCUCAGUAGUAUUUGCAUAGAUUGUGUCAUUGUUACAAUUCCUGGUUUAUUGCUCUUAAGCAUAAAAGUGCAUUUUGGAAAAGUUUGCGCAGUUCAAUUUACGCUUGUGCCAGUGUUAAUAUACAAAUCCUGAACUGAGUUGUAAUACACCAGGCAUAUAAUUUUUUUCUAUUUUGAAACAGUCGGCUAUAGCAUACGGCUGUGCCAUUAUAUAACAAAUUGGGUAUUUGAGAUUAUGCGACAUCUGUGCACGAUUAGGCUACCGCUAAACCCCUCCUUUAAUCAUUUUGAGUGCCAUUGAUGUAUUUAUUUUGUGUAGCCGAAAGGGGGAAUGAGUAAGUAAUAACAUUGAGAAUGCGGUUAUGAAAUGUUCGAUGAACGAUAGAAUGGAAAGUAUUGGUUUACGAAGUGGAGGUUGCAUUGAUAAUGAUAUUCAAUGUGGGAACAUCAGAUGGAGGAAGCAAGGUAACGCUAAUUUUGUUUAUGAAUAACAAAUUUAUUCGCUCAUCAAACUGUUUGUAAAACAUAAAAAUUCAAAUGGGUUACAUUAUUUUAACUUGUUGUAAGUUAACUGUAUGUCACUGCCUAGGCUCUAGAUAGGCUACAGGUUUUUUCCAGUGCAAUAGCCUAUAGGAUGCAAUGAGUCGCACUAUUAAUUAUCCGACUAUGGAACAAUCUAUAUGACCAAGAGAAAAUAGAAAAAGAAGUGAAUAAUCCGUGUUGAACUGUCCUUAUCAGGAAUUGCUCAGUUAAACAAUUUUUUUUCCUCAGGUAAAAAAAAGAGGGGAAAAUCAACUUUCAGACUGUCAUCCAAUAGGAAGCCUGUUAUUAUAGCACAACCGAGAUCAACCACAGAUUUAUGAUCAGGAAGCUAUUGUUAAUUUAAACAGUAACUUAUAUUUAUAUUACACAUGUAAGUUUAUAUCAAAACUGCACCCCACAAGAUGGUGAAAACACACAUUCUUUUAUAUCCUGUAGAACAGUGCAGUCACCGGCAGCAGGAGGGCGCAAUCAAACCUAAAAACAAAGAGUUGUGCAUGACCUUGGUAUGACAUAUAUGCUGCCACUGAUAAAAAAUGGGGCUAAAUAACCAGCUGCUGCAUCUGGCUGUUACAAAUAAUCUUUAUUCAUUUAAAUGUAACUAAUAAUAAUAGUAGUAAUAAUAAUAAUAAUAAUAAUAAUAAUAAUAAUGAUAACUGGCUUAAAUCCUACUGGCUGAGAGGCAUCCAAAAUGAAUAUGACCCAGGAUAAUGCUUGAUGUUUAGCUUAAAAUAUCCCUAGUAAUUGCUGCAGUUGCGUCUGUGUGCUGAUGAGCUUUUCAUAAAAACCCAAUGUUCUUAAAGCUCUGUUCUGUAGAUAUCUGCAUUGGAGAAUCAGUCCGCUCUCUGUGAAGGUGGGAACCGUUUUGGCGUGACGCAAGGCUUGCGGUAGGGAAUGACAGGAGAGAUCAUUUCAUCCUCGUAUCCUGGCGUCCGGGUUCAUCGGCGAUGCUCGCCGUCCUCACCGCUCUGCCACUCGCCGUGGCCCUGCUGGGGGCCUCCAAGCCGUGCCCCCGGAACUGCCAGUGCUACGACUCGGACCUGGUGGACUGCCGGGCCCGUGGCCUCGCUCACGUGCCCCACAGCCUGCCUCACGGGACCUGGCUGCUGGACCUGGGGCUCAACAGCCUGACCGAGCUGCGGAGCCACUCCUUCUCCGGGCUGUGGUCCCUGCGCGUCCUGGUGCUCUCCGACAGCGGCAUCCAGCUCCUGCAGCCCCAGGCACUGUUCUUCCUGUCCUUCUUGGAAAAGCUGGACUUGAGCCACAACAAGCUGCCUGCUCUGCCGUCGGACUUCUCCCACAGCCUGUCCUCGCUGCGGGAGCUGCACCUGGACCACAACCAGCUGCAGCACCUGGGCUCCUCCAGCCUGGAGCGCCUGGAGAACCUGGAGAAGCUGGACCUCAGCCAUAACCGCAUCCAGUCCAUCGAGCUGGGGGCCCUGCGGGGCCUCUCCCGCCUGCGGCAUCUCUACCUGCAGGCCAAUCAGCUCGCGGCGCUGCAGGAAGGUACUCUGACCAGGCUGCAGGGCCUGGAGGUCCUCCUCCUGGGCCAGAACCACAUCUCCAAGAUUGAGACAGAGGCACUCGCCUCCCUGCACAGCCUUUCCCUGCUGGGCCUGGAGCGCAACAGACUGGAGCACCUCAGGUUCAAGAGCCUCCUGAACCUGCGCGCCCCCAGCACCCACCUGCAGCUGUCCGCCAACCCGUGGAUGUGCGACUGCGACCUCCACCGCGUCUUCAGCAAGGUCCUGCGCGUGCGCCGCCUGCACGUGGACGACUACGAGAACAUCACCUGCCACGCCCCCCUGCAGCUGGCGGGCGCCCACCUGGCGUGGGUGGACGGCCAGCUCUGCAUGGCGGAGACGGCCACCGUGCUGGUCAUCACCAUCACCGUGCUGGUGACGGUCAUCGCCGCCAUCGUCAUGGCGGAGCGCAAUCGUAAGAAGAACUAGGUCACGAACCCGGAACGAUCACGAACCCAAUGCAGGUGCGCUAUACAGUCGGUAGUUUUGGUUGUUAGUCUUCUGCAAGGGCACUGGAAUCAUUUCAUAAGUGAGGGGUCCAAGCACAGAGAAAAGUGUUUUUUUUAAACAUGCUUUUAUGAAAUUCUACAAUACAGACUGGGUAACAGGACCGGUGAGAACACCUGACGAACUGCAGACUCAGUUAGAGAUGCAAGUGGGAUGAAAACAUGUUGCAUUUCUUCUGAAAUGCAACAUGUUAUUUGUAAUAUAACAUUUUAAGUGCUAGUCUGUGAGCUAAUUAGCAAAGCAAUACAAAUUGAAACUGUACUAAUAAUGUCAAAACACAGAUUAAUACAACUGCCUUUUAAAUAGCUGCACAAGAAACUAACAAAGAAACUCAGAGCAAAAAUAAGUUACUUAGUAAAGCAAUAAAUCUACAAACUGAUCGGUAUAUAUUUCAAUUUAUUAUACUGCAUAUAUAGUUCAGACGAUAGAAUUUUAUCUGUUUCUGCUCCAUCUGAUUAAGAGAACUGAUGAAAUAAGAAAUAUUGCUUUCUUGUGUGCAAACCAUAUUCCAUAUUCAGAAUUACAACUUAACCUUCAGGUCUUAUACAAUGAUAUAAGACAAUCAUCUGAACAUGCUGUUAUGCAUUUGUUUCCAACAGGCAACAUGGUAAGGCUCAGAUUUAUGGAGCUUAAGUCUCUGUCUGACAUAUUUUACUUGGAAUAUAAGUAAAAACUUGUCAAACCUAAUUUUCUCUACCACAAAGGACAUGUACGUAUGUCACAGUACACAAGCUACAGCCCUAGCCUUAACCCUCAUAAAUUCCGUGUGCCAGACCUUGGCUUUGGGGAUUAUGUGGCUUCCACUUACUAUACAAAACAUUCAUAUGUGUCCCUGCAAGGACAACUUGAGCCUCAUGUUUUUAAAAACAGUCAGAGGUCAUUUGGGACAAGUUCAUGGGACGUAAAGCUGUAAAUUAAAUAUAUGUUUAGGAACCAGUUGAAUUUAAUGUGGUUGACAUGUGAAUACAUAUUGAGUAUUGUACCCUAUCGGACCUGUGUUUUGUAGUUGUUCCAAUGACCUUCGAUAUGCACUUAUUGUAUGUGGCUUUCGAUGAAGGCGUCUGCCAAAUAAAUGUAAUGUAACGUAAUGAAUAAAUGCCAGAUUUGCUCCGGUACACAACAGUCCAUGAGAACUUGGGCUACAGGGUGGACAUAAUCAAGGAUAACAAUAGCACCCUUGGGGCAGUAGCCAUUUUAUGUGCUUGUGUUAUUCCAGCAUUCCAAUAUUUGGGCUAGCUGGCUGCACUUGCUUUCUUUGCUGGCAUUUAGCAUCUUUAAAGGUCCCAGUGUGUCCGAGCUGCUGAACACAGCACUCCUGAUAUUCUUGCUUCUGCCUCUUGUCUUUAUGGGAUGCCCCCUCCUGGUCUCUAUAUUUGUUGCAGGAUGAGGGCAUUCACAGCUGGAUUUGCAUUCAGUUUGAAAAUGAUAAACUGUCUUCUACACACCAUUCAAGCACAUGAUUGGCUUACCCAUACUGUGUAUAUUUGAGCUUCUCUUUCACCUGUGUGAUUAGUUUUCUUUGCAUUUCCUAUUUAUCCGCUCUUUAUUUUAACUAAAUGAAUAGUGGUUUCCAGAAGCUUUUUUCCUUUUAAGCUAUUGCCUCCACAGUGAGGCUGAUCCCUCUCAGAGAAAUAGCUCUUAUUUGUCAGUCUAUAAUACUUGCUGUAUGAUUAUUCUCUGCUUUCUAAGAACAUCCAAUGCUACUCUUUAUAUGUUUAUUGAAAAGCAUACCUGUUUUUUUUUCUCCUGGGGCUUGCAUUAAAUGUGUGUACCUAAAAUCUCUCAUUUUCUGUGGAGUGAAAUUUUCUUGGAAUUUGUUCAGCUGAAUUUUUUGCCCUUGAACUCUUUUGCCUUUCUUCAAAUGCAAAUAGAAUAGUUCAUGAACUUCACCACAAUCUUUUUCCCUCAGGAACUGCAUGUACCCAAAACAUGGAUGGAAAAUAAGCCCACAUACAAGCAGAAAAUCCUUUCACUGUUGGAAUGCUGCUACUUUUUUUGCUCACUACCAGUUGGAGGUUCCUAUAUAAAAUGAACAAGAUGUAUUUACAGAAUGUGGAGCUUAAAUAACUGAAAGUUAAUUAAUUGACUUAAUUAUUAAAUAUAUUUUAUUAAAAAGUACACAAUGCUGUAAUUUUAGUGACUCACCACUCCAUAAAAUGUUAAUUUUGGCAAGCUAUACAGUUUUUUUGUGGUUUAUAUUUAAUGGACAAUACUUAAAAAGACUAAUUGUCAAAGGUACAUUCAUGUUAAAUAUCUAUGAAUAAAAAUAAAUAUUUAGUUGCAUUGUACCACAUUGUGAAACAGAGAUGUCCUUAUAUUUGCAAUUAAACAAAUCUGAGAUCAUUGUCAAUAGUGAACUAUAAUAUUUUACCAAUAUGUACAAAACAUAAAAUAACAUUUCAUGUGAAAUCACACUUACAAAGGGAAAUCUUUGUAAGAAAGAAAAUAAAUAAAUAAAUAAAUAAAUAAAAAACAUUGCCAGAACAUGCAUACAUAAGUAACACCAGAGAUGUAAGUAACGCCUUUGAUGGCAAGGUUGCCCUAAUAAAAAAGAUUAUACAAAAUAUUUUUUAUUUUUUAUAAGUAGGUGGCUAAUUUGCUGUCACCACAAGCCAUAACAAAGCCAAAAGGCCAGUUUUAAAGACAUUCAGAGCAUUCAAUAAACUAAAGAAAACUUCACCCCAGAUGGGACUCGAACCCACAAUCCCUGGCUUAGGAGGCCAGUGCCUUAUCCAUUAGGCCACUGGGGCUGGGAGGACUUUGAAAGUUUAUUUUGAUAGCAAAAACAGAAAAAAACAAAGCCAUUUCAGCAAAAUGUUAGUGCCUGAGGGGUUGGACACAAGAAAAUGGCAAAAUCAUUUUCAAGGUGAUUAAACAAAGCCUGAUGCUUGGACAUAGCAGAGGAUGGUUUCACUCCAUCCUCUGGUUUAUGAUGGUGUCGGUUGCAUUCAAAUUACUCUAUUCAUUGUAAGAUCCCGAAAAUAUUUUUUUUGCUUUAACACCAGUGACAUAAGUAACACAUUUGGAGACAAUAUUGCCUUAAUAAAAAAGAUUUUACAAAAAAAUUAUUUUUUAACAAGUAUGUGGCUAACCUGUUAUCACCACAUGUAACUUCAGUAACAAAGCCAAAAGCUUGUUCAUGUCACUGGUGUUACCAGACUAGCCUGUGAUAGCUGUGACAAGAACGAUUUUUAAAUGGAGGCUUUUCUAACAUGGCUGCCACAUGCUGUGGCAUAAAUAAACGAGUGAUCUAUGAAAUUAAUUUGAUAAAAAUGUAAUUACUGAGAUUAUAUUACACAUAACACCAGUGAUAACCAUAACAUGUGCUGAGCCCAGUGUACAAGAAUAUAGUUAAAGUAAUAAAGUAAUAAAAUAUGGAGAGCAUGUGUGGAUUGAUCUUCUCUGACCUUCACAAGGUCAUCUUCUAUCCUCCUCCUCCUUUUGCCCUAGGAAGCAGUUCAUAAUGGUGUAAGAUGUCACUGAAAUACAGAUUUUUCACAAUGGUAACACCAGUGACAUGAAACAAUCAUAUAUGUUCGGUUUAUCAGAAAUUUGCUGCAACCUCCGCAUUCCCUCUCACUGGGACAAGCUGAUUUGCAUGUACAAUAAACUUUUGGAAUGGAAUGAAAGUAGAAUAAUCAAUACAAAUGUGUUACGUAAUACAUGUAUCCCUGUUCAAUUGUAUAAAUGUACUGUGAAUUUCAGAAUUUGAAAAAAUAUUUAAAGUUUUAGCUGUAAAUUUUAACUGUAACAUCAGGUACUUCCUUUACCACUCCUAAUGAAGAAUGACCAUUUUAUUGUAUAUUUUGUGAAAUACAUAUAGUUUUUAAAAACUA